CCAAAUCACUGGAUUGUUUUAAAAAAAAAAAAUCUCAGCUGAAUCAGGUUGCUCCCCCUCUUUCAUUCCUUUCCCUCGUUUCAUUUCAGUGAGACGGAGUGUAGCUCAUGCAGUGCCCAGCAGCAAGCAGAAUGCAAGGAAUCUGCAGUAUUCCCCUGUCUCACACAAGAAGCCCAGUUCACCACUGAAGGACAAGUGUACGCGCUCCUCCCUCCCCUCCGCUGUGCCUGCUGUCAGCUCCAUCCCUGUGUGGCUGAGGCCAUGGUGCUGGUGCUGGAAGCCCUUCUGCCCUGCUUCUGCACCCUCUUCUUCCUGACCCUGCUGCCCGGCGUGGAACCCGCUGUGCCCCUGGAGGACUUCUACCCCUUUGGCCGGGACAAGGGGGACUCCCAGACCAUUGCUCAGGAUGACGGCGGCUCCGGGCUCCUGGAGAUCUCUGUUGCAUUCCCCUUCUUUGGAGACAGGCACACAGGACUCUAUGUUAACAACAAUGGCCUUGUGUCCUUCCUGAGAGAGGUGUCGCAGUUCACACCUGUAGCCUUUCCAAUCGCUGGAGACAGAAGGGUCGUGGCGCCGUUCUGGGCUGAUGUGGACAACCGUCGAGCCGGGACAGUCUUCUACAGAGAGAGCCAGGAUCCUAUGAUCCUCAGGAAGGCCUCGGGUGAUGUCAGGACGUACUUUUCAGAGUUCCCCAACUUCAAUGCAACAUGGGUCCACAUCUCUACAUGGCAUCAAGUCACCUUCUUUGGAGGAAACUCUCAAACACCAGUGAAUACUUUCCAAGUGGUGCUCAUUACAGACGGAGAGCUUUCCUUCACUAUAUUCCAAUACAAUAACAUCACUUGGACCACAGGCAUGCAUGCCAGCAGCGGAGGAAACCUCGUUGGGCUAGGCGGGAUUGCAGCACAGGCAGGUUUUAACGCUGGUGAUGGCAAGCGCUAUUUCAACAUCCCUGGCUCUCGCACAGCUGAUGUCGUAAAUGUUGAGGGAACCACCAAUGUGGGCUUCCCGGGCAAAUGGGUCUUCCGCAUAGAUGACGCAAAUGUGGAAGUGGGAAGCUGCAAUAACUCUGCGUCAGUGUGCCCACACCUCCGCCCAUGCCUGAACGGAGGCCAGUGCAUCGAUGACUGUAUUAAAGGCAACCCCUCCUUCACUUGCUCCUGCUUGGCUGGCUUCACCGGUCGAAGAUGCCAAAUCGAUGUCAAUGAGUGUGCCUCACAGCCUUGCCAGAAUGGAGGGACCUGUAAAGACCAGAUUAAUAGUUUCAUGUGUCAGUGUCCACCUGGUUACACUGGGAUUCUUUGUGAAACAGACAUUGACGAGUGCAAAGACAGACCGUGCCUCAACAACGCGACAUGUGUACAAGGCGCUGGCGCUUUCACCUGUGUGUGUGAGCCGGGUUACACUGGUGUCCUGUGUGAGACAGACAUAAACGAGUGUGAGUCGCAGCCCUGUCUGAAUGGAGGGGAGUGCAUCGACCGGGUGAACAACUUCACCUGCACGUGCCCCGCUGCUUUCACUGGGACGCUCUGUGAGACAGAGCUGCUACCACUUCAGAUCAACCCCACUGAGGCAGAAAACCAGACAGCCUCGUGUGAAGAGCUGGACUGCAAGAAGAACCAGAUCUGUGAAUACACCAGCUCGGGAAUCUACAACUGCACGUGUGCUCCAGGCUUCUACGGUGACAAGUGUGAAGACGAGUGUCUUUGCCAGAAUGGUGGCGUCUGUGUGGACAUCAAUGGGACCUGUGAGUGCCCUUCGGGCUACACGGGACUCUACUGUCAGUUCGAAGUGACCCAGAUGCCGUGCAGUAACGGCAGAUCGUGUCCUGAUGGAAAUCCGUGUUUGGAGUACGGAGGAGCGUACCUGUGCACAUGUCAGACGAGAGUGGAGCUGGACCACAAAGACUUUUACCCCUAUGUACAGCCCGAAUCGGUCUGCGACUCCUCUCCCUGUCUGAAUGGCGGCUACUGCUACGAGCUUGACGGAGGCUACACCUGCGAGUGCAAGUACGGAUACUGGGGGAAGAACUGUGAGAAAGUUAGACUCAAUACCUGUGCUUCUGGGCCCUGUCGCAACGGAGGCUCCUGUAAGGAAGAGGCUGACAGUUACCGAUGUGUGUGUCCUUACAGGUUCACAGGAAAACACUGCGAAGUGGGGAAGCCGGACCCCUGUGCCUCCAGCCCCUGUCUGAAUGGUGGGACGUGUUUUCACUACAUAGGAAAGUACAAGUGUGAAUGCACCGAUGCCUACAGCGGCAGGCACUGUGAAAUAAACAGGAGCGCGGUGCAUACCUCUGCAGAGAUCAAUGAGUGCUUAUCCCAGCCUUGUCUUAACGGAGGCACGUGUCGAAAUAAGAUCGGAUCCUACCAGUGUGUGUGCGCCAGUGGCUUCAGCGGAAACCGUUGCCAGAUAGACAUAAAUGAGUGCCUGUCGGAGCCGUGCAUGAACAGAGGAACGUGUGAGGAUCGGCCGGGCUCCUAUCUGUGUCACUGUCCACAAGGCUUCAGAGGACAUAACUGUGAAACAGAGCAGGACGUGUGCGAGUCCAACCCCUGUCUGAAUGGAGGCGUGUGUCGGGGUUACAGAAGAAACUAUCUUUGCAUGUGUAAAGACGGCUUCUUUGGGGAUCAGUGCCAGAUGUUGGAGGACCCGUGUGUGUUGAAACCUUGUAGGAACCGUGGCCGCUGCUGGAGCGACAGGAGAGGAAACUACAACUGCAUGUGUAAAGUGGGACUCACGGGCAAAGACUGCGAGAAAGACCUGCUGCCCCCGCCCGGUCUCCAUGUGCUGCGUGUGGAGGAAAGCGAGGUGGAGCUGCGCUGGGAUGAGCCGGAGCCCUCAAACAACCUGAUCAGCAUGUUUGCCGUCACCUAUGCUCCCCUGGGUCAGAGCAACUCCAAAACAGACUACCUAGACAGGCAGAAGUCCACCCACGUGAUGCGAGGCCUGGUGCCCGGCCUGCUGUACAACAUCUCCACCUUCUCCAUCAAGCUGAAGACCAACAGCAGUGACACAAGCCAACCUGCCACGGCACUAAUACGCACCAGGCCCCAGCCGGCGGAGCAGUUGCAGGUGGUCAACGUGUCCUCCUCUCAGGUGUGGCUGCAGUGGCUGGUUCAGGCUGCCCGCCAUGCAGCCGUCAGCAGGGUGCACGUGUCCUUGUUGCCUUCAGAUGGGAGGGAGGGUCGCACUGCUGUGUUCAACACCAGCACCACUGAGUACACCUUCAGCUCAUUGCAGCCGGGUCAGAUGUACACUGUGGAUGUGUUGACUCAGAGUGGAAUCAGACCAGAUGAGUUUCCCUCCAUGAGCCACUCAGCAGGACCUCUGUCAUUCUGGACAAGGCCUCUUCCCCCACAGAACCUCUCCCUCUCACACGUGACCCCAAACUCAGCCUUGAUCACCUGGAGCCGCCACCCGAGACACGUCUCAGACGGCUUUGUGGUCAACGUGACCCGAGGGUUGAACACCAGGAGUCGCUUCCUGCCCAACGGGAGAGUGGGAUCGUACACCCUCCGUGAGCUGACGCCGGGGCAGCACUACUACGUGGCCCUCACAUCGGUCAAAAACACGGGGCAGGAGCAGAUCCACAGCAUGCCUCAGCACCUAGCCUUCACUACCUUGCCAAUGCCAGUCAGACCGGGAAGGAGAGAAAGACCAGCAGGGACAAGACAAGAUACCCCAUCUCAGCCUCAGGACGUGGCAGGCACAGCAGAAGAAGAAAACUCAGAGGAACUUCCCAGAUACACUGAACUCAUUGACAGGAGGGGAAAGAUAACAGCAAAGUUCACUCACCUGCCUCGAAAACCCAUCCGGCAUCGAACUAAACCUGAGCCACCAGUUAGGUUAGAGAAGAUGGAAGAAACAACAAACAAAAUCAGCCUUGCGCUGGAGAUCCGAGAAGAAGCUUUAAGAACAAAGCCUGAGUCUCUCCAGGACUGCCGCAGUCUGCCCUGCCAGAACGGAGGUACGUGUGUGAACGGAGGCGACUCCUUCAUCUGCGACUGCGCAGCUGGGUUCAAGGGCAGGCAGUGUGAACUGUCGUGCCAGCGAGUGCCGCACCCGUGUACCCGCCUCUACUCUGAAACCAAGAGCGUGCCCGUCUGGGAGGGUGGUGUGUGCCAUUACCUGUAUAAAAGGACAUAUAAAGUACAGCAGGAUGUGUGUUAUCGAGAGAUUUGUGAACCGACGCCUUCCAAGAAGAGUCAGGCCAGAAGAACAAACACACAACAAUAAAGAGCACUUGGAGCCUGAUGAAAGGACUGUCAUCACUGUCAUGUGAAAAACCUCCUUACUUCAAUUUUGGUGUUUAUAAUCUACUUGAAGUAACUGAUUAUGGUCAUUUUUUGUGCUGAAAAACCCUGUCAGAGCCCACUGUAACAUUUCACAAACAAACCAUCAACCAUCUGAAUAUGAGGCUGCAUCCCGAGAGUCGCCUUUGUAGCUCGCGGAAGCACGAUCAGUCAGAUGAAAAACGUCCCGCAUCAUGUAUCAUUUGCAGUGUUUGCUGACUGAGUUUCAUACAACCACAUAUGGUAUGCAAAUAUGAACCCUAAGCAGUCAACUGCACUGCAUCAGAGACCUUAUAUACCUCAUUUCAACGUCCAAUGCUGACACAUUUGGAGAGGUUUACGUUUGUGAUUCAGCUGCAGGUUUGUCCCUCAGGGAAGUAAAAGCAGAGUCUUUUCCUUACAUCAGUCCCAUCAUCUCCUUACGAAGACAGCAGGAAAUGUGUACUUUCACCCUUAAACUGAUCUCGUCCUCUGACAAUGAUGCACAGCGUUUUCUGUGUAGAAUAUCUUCCUCUGUGUCUCAGCAGGCGUCGCUGCUCGCUAAUCUGUAAAUAGUGUUUAUAGGCCAUUUUGUAGGUGAAUAUUUUAAUAAUAA